AUGAGCAUGUCGAGAGGUGGCAUCCGCAGGUCAAUCGGAGUCAAUCAUCUCGAUGCUGCCAAUGGCACCGGGGAGUGUUUUGAGGUGCUGAACAGCUUCGUGGAAGCCGUCACGGAGCGGCGCGCCCGGCGCCUCAAUGAUUUGCUGGUGUCGAAGGAUUCCGUGCCGGAGCUGCUCUUGGAACUGCGGCGUCAUGCCCCAGAGCUGGGUGCCGUGCAUCGUGGAACAGCCUUGCACCGCCUUGCCAAGGCGGAGGAUGGAGCGACCUGGCUCCACUCUCCCGGCGUUGUGCAACUCAUCCAGGAGGCGUCUCCGCGGUACUUGGCGAAUGCGGCUUGGGCCUUGGGCGCCUCGGCGCUGCAGCACCAACCGCUGGCCGUGGUGAAGGAGUCGAAUGUGCAGAACUUGUCCAACACGGUUCGGGGAUCUGCGACACCACAGGCAGUUGACAUGCCUUCCUACCACAUGAUCGCAGCAGAGGCGAUCUGCCGCAUCCAUCACUCCAGCGCACAGCCGCCUUCAAACAGCGUCCAUCGAGUUGCUCCACCUCCCGUAAGGCUGAUGCAAGCAGCAGUUAAGUCAGCGCUGAGAGGCUUGUACAGGCUCUUCACCGUUUGCCUGGACACGAAGCGCGUGAUCCCUCCAACACAUGCUGGAGGUCAGCCGUCCUGGCUCUCCAACACCUGCCGCCACUGGGAAGGGCUGCUGAGGAGGCAGCGAACAAGUUGCAUCGUGGAGACACACAGGCAAGACGAGCCAACAGCACAAGACACUUCGAUUUUGAUGUGGUGCUCAGCGACUCCUUUCGUCAAAGAGGCAGAUGCGGAAGCGGUUGCCGGGCCAACAGUCAAGUUCUUGCGCUUGUGCAGGUCCAACACGGCGCGGGCGGCGACCAUUCUGAGCUCCGCCGACGAGAGGCCUAUGGGCGUCUUGGCGACGGCCUGCAUCCGCAGCAUCCGAGGACGGGAUGCACAAAACCUGGCGAACAGCAUGCGGGGAUGCGGUGGAAGAGUCGACAUGAGUGAACGACUCUACCACAUCACUCCUCGAAGGAGUUGGCAAAUGCAGCGUGGUGACUCGGCAGAGCAGCCUCCCUGCAUGAGGAGUCAGAAGCAACGGCAAUCGAGCGUUCAGGAGCGUUUUGGACUGGAGAGUCAGGAUGUUGGAGGUCCCACGCCGCGCAAGAUGGCUCGUGCAGGAAUGCACAUGCAAAGAUUUCGUGGUUCUCGAACUGUGUGGAGCGAUGCCGUCAAUGUGGUGUCCCUUCCUAAGCCCCACCCCGCAAACGCAGACAGGAAGGCCGAGCCACGCUUGACAAGCGUUGACAGAAGUUGCGAGGUAAUCCGCAUCGUCGAUGCAGAGGUGGUCCGUCGGCCGGAUGCCUUUUCGGAUGAUGCCAGCGCCCCGAUGCUCGUGUGGACCAUGUGGAAGGCUGGCUUUCGCCAAGGACUUUGGCGCCUGUUUGAGUAUUGGGCGGAGGGAUCGUUCGAGCAAGUUGAACCAUACGGUGUCUUCCAGAUGGACAGCAUCUGGUGCAAGGACGUUGAACGAGAAGCGUCUGUGCGACGCAGUCUAUGCUCGUGGUUUCCCUUGCGCUGCCUUCAGAUGGAAGUGGCGCUUCUAGGCGAGCCGAUUCCGGUGAGGCGAGCACUCCACCCAGCGCACCAGAAGGUGGCUAAGCUUGUCGACUUCUUGGAGGCUUCCGUGCUCGAGGGGAAGCCGGCGGAGGUUCUGGCAGUUUGCGAAGACUUUGCCAAGCACAAAGGGCAAUGGCUGAAGGUGGCCGGUGGAGACAAGGCCGACCUGUUGCAUGCCGCACUGCAGCGUCCCUUGCGGAGUGGCCAGGCUCAGGAUCCCCAUUGCAAAUGA